GGUGCAAGAAAGGCGCAAGUUUGGACCCCUUGGAUGGAACAUUCCCUAUGAGUUCAACGAGUCAGAUCUCAGAAUAAGUGUCAGACAAUUAGUGAUGUUCAACAAUGACUAUGAAGAUCCCCCUAUCGAGGCAUUGGCCUACCUGACUGGUGAAUGCAACUAUGGGGGUCGUGUAACAGAUGAACGAGACAGACGGCUCAUCAUGAGCAUUCUCAACAUAUUCUACCAUAUUGACGUUAUUAACGACCCUAACUACAAGUUUUCGCAGAGUGGGUUAUAUUACGCACCUGCUAAGGGGUCUUAUGAUGAUUAUAUUGCUUAUAUAAGGAGUCUUCCACUUAUUCCCCAUCCAGAGGUGUUUGGCCUCCAUGAGAAUGCUGAUAUAUCCAAAGACCAACAGGAGACUAACACAUUAUUUGAUGGCAUUCUGCUGACUCUUCCAAGACAGACAUCAGGAGGAGGUAAAUCCUCUCAGGAAAUAAUUGAAGAGCUCGCCUGUGAUAUUCUCUCUAAAAUUCCUCCAGAUUUUGAACUGGAUGAAGUACAGGCAAAAUAUCCCGUAAGAUAUGAAGAGUCCAUGAACACAGUACUAGUCCAAGAACUCAUCAGGUUCAACCGCUUAAUCACAACUGUUCGUCAAAGCCUUAUAGAUAUCCGCAAGGCUAUAAAAGGUUUGGUUGUGAUGUCAUCAGAGUUGGAGGAUGUGUUUGACAGCAUGAUGGUGGGGAAAGUGCCAGCAAUGUGGGCGGCCAAGUCCUACCCAUCCUUAAAACCACUCGGGAGUUACGUCACUGAUCUCAUUGCUAGAAUCCACUUCUUCCAGGAAUGGAUAAUGAAUGGUAUUCCUGUGGUAUUCUGGAUCUCAGGGUUUUACUUCACGCCAUCUUUCAUGACAGGCGUAACUCAGAACUAUGCUCGACGAUACAAGAUCCCCAUUGACCAUCUUGGGUUUGAGUUUGAGGUGAUGAAACAGGAAAAUACAAUGACAAGCAAGCCGAAUAACGGAGCUUACAUCAAAGGGCUGUUUGUUGAGGGUGCUAGGUGGGGCAGAGAGGACAUGGCACUUGCUGAGUCAAAAUCUAAGAUUCUAUAUGAUCCACUCCCUAUUGUCUGGUUGAAGCCUGGGGAGAAAGCAAAGUUCGAGGAGCGGAAAACAUACACUUGCCCUGUUUAUAAAACAAGUGCUAGGAGGGGAACACUAUCAACUACUGGACAUUCCACCAACUAUGUAUUAUCUAUAGAACUUCCAACCAAGGAACCUCCUGGACAUUGGAUAAAUAGGGGGGUUGCCCUUCUUUGUCAGCUAGACGACUAAACUACUCUGUGUUCACUACCAACGAUGAAUUAUACAACUAACAAUCAUAGAGCCCCAUUCCCUGGGGCAUUGGAUAAAUAGGGGGGGUUGCCCUUCUCUGUCAGUUAGAUGACUAAACUACUCAGU